AUGAUAAGACAGGCGACAGCUAAAGCAGCGCUCAGACGCGCAAUGAUGGCCUCAAUGGCUAGAAAGCAGUUUGCUUGUGGAACUCUUCGUCUAUAUUCCGCUGCAGCAGCCAAGACUACUGAGGCUGGAAGACCAAAGCCUGCACCUAGCUUCAAUGUGGAGGACUCCGCUAUUGAUGCCCCCAAGCUGAAGAAAAACGCAAACACCUCUCCCCAAAUGGAUGACUCGUUCAUCGGUUUAACUGGUGGUCAGAUUUUUCAUGAAAUGAUGAAGAGACACAACGUUGACACAGUUUUCGGUUACCCAGGAGGUGCCAUUCUUCCUGUAUAUGAUGCCAUCCAUAACAGUGAUUACUUCAACUUUGUGCUUCCAAAGCAUGAACAAGGUGCGGGUCACAUGGCAGAAGGCUACGCCCGUGCAAGUGGUAAGCCAGGUGUCGUUUUAGUCACCUCUGGGCCAGGUGCUACCAACGUAGUGACUCCCAUGGCCGAUGCACUAGCUGAUGGUGUUCCUAUGGUUGUAUUUACUGGACAAGUUGCUACCUCCGCUAUUGGUACCGAUGCUUUCCAGGAGGCAGAUGUCUUGGGUAUCUCCAGGUCAUGUACCAAAUGGAAUGUCAUGGUUAAGUCCAUUGAAGAAUUACCACGCCGCAUAAAUGAGGCAUUCGAGAUUGCCGUCAGUGGCAGACCAGGUCCAGUCUUGGUUGAUCUACCCAAGGAUGUGACUGCAGCUGUCCUACGGUCGCCUAUUCCUAUAAAUUCCACUCUCCCUUCUGAUGCAUUGGCCACAAUUACUCAGCGUGCUGCUAACCAGUUCACAAUGGAAAACAUUGAAAGGGCUGCUGAUUUAAUUAACGUCGCCAAAAAGCCUUUGCUAUAUGUGGGUGCCGGUAUCUUGAGUAGUGAGAAGGGUCCAAAAUACUUGAAAGAAUUGAGUGAACGUUGCAAAAUUCCAGUUACCACUACACUACAAGCUUUGGGUGCGUUUGAUCAAGAAGAUCCAAAGUCCUUGGACAUGUUGGGUAUGCAUGGUUGUGCUACCGCUAAUUUGGCUGUUCAAAAUGCCGACUUGAUCAUUGCAUUAGGUGCUAGAUUUGAUGAUCGUGUCACCGGUAACAUCUCUAAGUUCGCUCCCGAGGCUCGUAAAGCUGCUUUGGAAAACAGAGGAGGUGUUGUUCACUUUGAGAUAUCUCCCAAGAACAUCAACAAGGUUGUACAAGCUCAAGUUGCUGUCGAAGGAGAUGUCACCAGCAACCUAGAAAAGUUGAUACCUUUGGUUACAUCUAUCAAGGAAAGACCAGAAUGGUUUGGACAAAUUCAAUCCUGGAAAGAAAAAUACCCAUACGAUUACCAAAGAGAAACUCCUGAUUCCAAGAUUAAGCCUCAAACAGUCAUCACCAAACUAUCUAAACUUGCCAAUUCUUCUGGAAAGGAUGUCAUUGUAACCACAGGUGUUGGCCAACAUCAAAUGUGGGCUGCUCAACAUUGGACCUGGAAGAACCCCCGUACUUUCAUCACUUCUGGUGGAUUGGGAACCAUGGGUUACGGGCUACCAUCUGCCAUCGGGGCUCAAGUUGCCAAACCUGAUGCAGUUGUUAUUGACAUUGACGGUGAUGCUUCAUUCAACAUGACUUUGGGUGAGCUUUCUAGUGCAGUUCAGGCUCGUGCUCCAAUCAAAAUCUUGUUGUUGAAUAACGAAGAACAGGGUAUGGUUACUCAGUGGCAAUCUUUGUUCUACGAGCAUCGUUACUCCCACACUCAUCAACUUAACCCAGAUUUUGUCAAACUAGCUGAAGCAAUGGGUUUCAGAGGUAUGAGAUUGACGAAGCAAAAAGACGUGGACACUACUCUAAAGGACUUCAUGGACUACAGUGGUCCUGUUUUGCUAGAAGUUGAAGUGGAGAAAAAGGUACCUGUUCUUCCUAUGGUGCCAGCCGGUAAAGGAUUGGACGAAUUUAUCAACUUCGACCCCGAAGUUGAAAAGGAACAGAAUGCACUACGUCAUCAACGUACCGGUGGCAAGCACUAA